GAUCGGGCACAGCGUCGCACGGGAGUUUUAGCCGUAGGGACGGCUCUGCGACCCCCGAGGCGCCGGGGUCCGAACUUGGAUUGGCCGGAGUAGGAAGAAGCCGGCUUUCUAUGGCGUCGUCAUCAGCGGCAGCCCAACAGUUGAGAGAUCUGAUCGAGAUCCAGGAGGCUUUACUGGAUAAACUGAGACUAAAGAUAAACAUACAGAAAGCGAACUCAGUAAAUAAGGAGGAAUAUGACACUGUUGUGAAGAAACUAGAGAAAGAAGAGAAAGAACAUGCAGAGACCAAGAAUACCCUAGCUAUAACAUCUGAACGGCUGCAGUUUGCCUUAGGAGAGAUUGAUAUUUUGUCGAAACAGCUUGAGUGGGAGAAACAAGCAUUUGACAAGGCACUUUCUCAAGUAAACAGUAAAAUGCUAAAACAAUCACUUCAGAAAGACAAACUUAUAAGCAAAUGUAUAGAAAUUGAAACCCAUAUUCAGAAGCAGGAAAAUAUUCUAAGCUGCAAAGAAAAUGAAAUCGAGGAAUUACAUUCCUUCGUCAACAAGCAAAAGGAAAUCUUAAAGAAACAAGCAUCUGAAUUCAAAAUACAGAUGCAACAAGAAAGUUACAUAGCAAAUAGACCCCAAAAAUGGCAGACGGAAGACAUCUCUGUGAAAAGCAGAGCCAACUACCAUGCUGAAUGAAGAACUUAUGAAUAGACUGGCUCUUUGAAAUCUCCAGACAAGGAGAGGACUUGAGUUUGCACACAAGUGUGCUAGAUAGUUGCUCCUCAUAAGGAGGUGAGAAAGUA